UUUUUUUUUUUUUUUUUUUUUCCGGUUGAUGUUGCACUUUUGCCCAGACUGUGUUAUGUGAUAGGUGCGUGCGAUAUGAGGUGUGAACUGCGCUGAGUCAAGCUGUGUGCCGCACUUUGGGUCUUUGGAUCUUAAUGCAACGGGUUCAGGAAAGGAGAUCUGAGUAAGCAAAGAGACGACAAAGAGGUUUGAGACGGUUUAAAGAGAAUCGUCGAGGAGACGAAAGAAAGGAAAAGGGAGAAGAAAGAUAAGAAAAAAGAAAUAGUGACAAGAGAAAGGAGAUACGGAGAUUGUAUUUUAUCUUUCUCAAGAUGAAGAAUCUCAGAGUGCUACUGUGUCUGGUGGUCAGCAUCUUUAUCGCGGCAGCGCGCGCCAGUCUCCUAGGAGUCGAGCUCGACGAAGCCGGCGAGGAGUUUAUCAACGAAUAUUUGUCCCUGGACGAGAGUAGAUACCUGGCGAAGCUUCAGGAGUUUCAGGACGUGGCCAUUGAGAUCGACUUGAUUGACAGCAAGAAGCACAGGCAUCCGCAUCAGGAGCCAAGAGUGCUGUAUCAGAUUGGGGACAGCGAGGAGGAAUUGCCCGAGUGCUCGGAUCGAAGCGAGGUAUGCAGCAAAGUCGAUCUCUACGGGGCACCCUGGGUGGAGAGACAGUGUCGUUGUCCAGGAGGUCGUUCUUGUCCGAGCAGUCUUCAUGCCGAUGACGGACACACAAUCGUCGACAAGACGCGACAGUACAAACUGUGCGAGCCGGUCAAGCGUUUGCCGAUUUGUCGUUACUUCAAGGAUGUUACGUGGACACUGGCACCUGGCGGUGGUCUUGGAAAUGCUACUGUGCAACGGGUGCACUGUAGAUGUCGUCCAGGUAGCGUACCCUACCUGGUCCGACGACAACCACACAGAUCGCCCGAAGGAAAUCCUGGUUUCAUCUACGCCUUCGCUUGUUCUCCUCAGAGCAGGCUAAGCUGUCAGCACAAGGAACCGUGCAGACUGUUCACGGUGCGCAAGAGACGAAGUUCUCAGUUGGAGGAAGUUAACGCGUCCCCAUUGUGCCAAUGUCCCAAGGGACACAGGUGUCCAAGAAGACACACGGAUCCAGGAUCAUUACCGGCAAGAUCAUACUCCGGAGUUCUCGAAAUCAAGACCUACAGCGGUUACUGCGUACCGUCCCAUCGUACCGAACCGGUCUAUACCCUUUGAAAGGUACCGAUUACGUAAAUCCUCCGUCAAAAAAGGUACCCGUGCGUUCGUGCUUCACGUGCCCACUCGCUAUUAAAACUCCCUCCGUCGUCAUUACCAACUAGCCCAUUGUCAUUUUAUUGACUGUCCGUGACACGAUCAUUAACACCCGAUACCUAUGGGCACAGUAGAGCGUGCUUUGCGUUGAAAUUUAAAAUUCUCUGUUUUACCGACCGCCGGUAACGCUUUGGAAACUGCUCGGUCGGUCAGUGGCGCCACGGACAAUGCAGCGGACGGCGCAAGCGACUGAGCACUCUCGCGAUGGAUUCGAUUGUUUGAAAAACUAAGAUUCCUCGAGGGUGCUAACGAUUAUUACGGGGAGGGGGGAAGAGAAUCUUUGAAAAAUCGAUUGAACUUCAAAAUUAUGAACGAGUGUGCGUGUGCACGUGUCUUUGUACGCGCAUGGUAUGGUAACAAAAAGAAAAUGCGAAGGGUGACGCGAACGUACGUCUUAUCUUUAUCGGCAGGACAUAAAAAAAAAGCUUUAAAGUGAUGAGGAUGAUAAUGUUAAGUGUGCGACAAUACGGUGUUAUUCUGUUACGACGUGCAGAUUUUCGUUAUUUGUAUAGACAACUGUAUAGAACAUUCCUUUAGAGAUAUUUGUUGUCUCUUUUACCUUAUACCAUUAAUAAUAAUAUUGUUUUCCCCUUCCUCUCUUCCUCUACUUCCUCUCCGAGUCUCCUCACCAACUCCUCCCUUCUCUUUCCUCAUAAUCGUAAUUACGCACUUACGACGAUCGCCCAUUAUUUUACUCGUUGUCAGUUUACAUAUUAUAUAUUCAUUAUUACUAUUAUAAUUAUUAUACUUUAUUAUUAUUGACGAUCUAACCUUUAUAACACUUCAUGCCAUUAUUAUCUGUAUAUAUUUACACGUUUAGGUAUAACAUUAUUGGUAAGCGACCGCGCGAUGAGCGUUACGUUGAUUUGAUAUCGACGAAAUUCACGUUUGUAUAAUUUUUCUUUUUUUUUUUCCCUAAUUUAAUAAAGUAUAUCAUGAUACUGUUAAGAAGCUGUGUACAAGUUUAUUAAGAUCUCAAUGGUUAUUUGUUUAAAUGAGUAAAGUAAGUAAGAAAAAUAUUAUCAGGCUAGUGAUAAACGAAUUGAGAAAAUAUUUGUUUUCACCGACUUCUCAGAUGCAUAUUAAAUAUAUAUAUAUAUACACAUUUCAGUUUGUUAAACGCAGCCGGUAAUGUAGGGAUUUCAUUUACACAGUUACGUGGCGCAAUCUGUUCAUAAGUUACAUUAAAAGUAUUCCCUUUGCAGAUGUUAUCGAGACUUAGGAUUGACUUGUUAAUUUAAUUUUCCAUCAGUCGUUUGAACGUAUCAAAAAUACAAAACUUCAAAGUAUCACCAAUUUUUAUAAAUAUUUCAUGGGAUUUGCUAUAGAAGCAGGUUGGCCUGAAAAGGGACGUUAGUCGAUACGAUUUCAUCUACGACUCGUGAAGUACUUUUCUUAGAUACACCCUCCGAGCCUUAACAAACUUUCCCGGAAGCCUAUAUAACAUAACGACGGUGCUUUCAUUUCACUGUGUAUCCUGCAGACGUAAUUUUAUACCUUAUUUAUAUAUCCUCCGCGUGUAAGGAAAAUAGAGUGCUCCUUGAUU